AUGUAUCUUGAGGAAAUAGACAUUCGUACACUUCCGCGAACCAUCAAAGAUGCUAUAGAGUGUACUCACAAGCUCAAUCUCCGCUAUCUGUGGACAGAUACGCUGUGCAUUCUGCAAGGUUCGGCUGACGACAAGAGGAAUGAGAUCGCACGGAUGUGCGACAUAUAUCAGGAUGCAUAUGUGACGAUCAUUGCUGCCAGCGCACAGAAGGUCAGCCAGGGCUUCUUGCAGGAUCGCCCAGAUCCAGUCACAACCGAUUUACCCUUCUGGUGUCCCGACGGGAAGCUGGGCACCAUCUCUGUCCGUGAAGGUGAAAGUGCACCGGGGAUGGAGCCGAAGGAGGACUCACGGACACUCCACAAAGCCUGGCGGAAUAUUCUAUCCGAUUACACGAGGCGAGCUCUUACAGAUCCUUCAGACAAGUUGAUCGCAAUCUCAGGAAUUGCUCAGCUUUUCCAGCGUUACUGGGGAGUUGGCAGUCGGUAUAUUGCUGGCUUAUGGGAGCACAAUCUUUCUGGACAUCUCCUAUGGUACAGAAGGUCUUCGUCAGGAAAGACCCUUCCUAUCCCUAAAAUAUACAGAGCACCGUCGUGGUCCUGGGCAGCCACAAAUGGCUGCAUUAAUGCUGGUCCCGAAAUGAAAACUGACAAUACUUUAUGGGAGAUCCGUAUGUGCGAGGCAAUCCCGACCAUAGGAAGCCAAUGUUUUGGACAGAUCAUUGGUGGGAAACUGGAAGUCGAAGCUAUUGUGAAGAGUGUGGUCUGGGAUCCAGAAGAGGCUGAGCUGUACGAGCUAAAGCAGCCGGAAAUGAAGGGGAAUCAGGCAGGCUUGAGAAAAGAUGGUUCUCAACGACACGUUGGAUAUGUCUACUUAGACGGCUACCUCAACAGUGAUUCAGAAGGUGCAGCAAACACGGGCUUUGCCAUUGUCGUGGGCUCUAGCAAUACAAUUGGAGAGAGAGUCAAGCAUCUCAGUGAGUUGCUAAUUGUGCCAGCUGAUCAUACAGUAGGAGUUUUCCGCCGCGUUGGCAUAUUCAACGCCAACGGAACAGUCUAUGAUGAUGAUGAUGAUGAUGCUCUUUUUUGUGAUAUAGAUGCCUGGUUGAGCACGCCUAAGCAGGUUGUCACAAUUACCUGA